AUGUCAGAUUACGGGGAUGAUCAAUUUGAAAAUGAGGAUCAUGAUUAAACCUUGAAUGAGAAGAAACACAAGAUGAAAAUCAGCAUUGACUUUUUGUCGGUUAAAGAUCUUAAGAAUCCUAUUAACAUCUAAAUAUAAUACUCAUUGAAACUUUUGCAGCAAAGCCAUACUUUCAAAUCUGCAAAGCCAACAGCAGCAGGAUAAAAUUAAGAAGUUAAAUUGCAACUCGCUUUUGCCUCUUAUGAAUUCUUUGCUAGCAAGACUGAACUUUUUAAUACACUCAAUAGUACACAACUUGUGGCUAAAAUUACCCACAAAGAUGGUAACACUAAUGAAGUUGAUUUUGGAGAAGUUGAAGUAUUUCUAAGAGAGUUGCUUUAAGCUCCUAUGAGAUAAACUCCUAACUCAGUUGUGAGAGUCAGUGAUUAGCAAUUGCCCAUCAAGGAUUUCAAUGGUUAAAUAAAGGGAGUCCUAAGAAGUGUUCUAUACUUAGAAGAUCUUGGUGAGAUUGUUGGUUAGAUUCCACAGAAGCAAUCAACUAUUGGAAAGAGAUAGUAGACAGGAAUACCACAAGAAAAUAAAAACCCAAAUCAGGAAGGUGGCCUAGCAGGCUAAAAUAAUGAUGUCUAAGCUGUUUACAACAUAGAACUUUGGAAAAGAGCGGAGGAAGCUAAGUUUAAAGCUUACUUAAAGUAAAAGGAAAUAGAAAGAAUUGAGGAGAUAACUUAUACUUGGAAAAAUAAAGAGGCAGAUAGAGAGAGACAAUUUGCUGAUUCACUGGCUAAAGUUACAAAUCUUGAAAAUAAACUCAGGCAAAAAGCUCUAGAUCUUCAAAGGAGGGAAGAGAAAAUAGUAUAGCUAGAAGAAGAAUUAAAACAUAAAAUACAAGAAGUUACUAGAUAAUUGACUUUGAAGGAAGAAGAAAUCAUGAAUGUAAAGAAGAGAUUUAAAGAGGAAAAAGUAUUGCUAGAACAAGAUAAGAAAAGACUGGUAAUACAGCUAGAGGAACAUAAAUCAAGACUAGAGCAAACAGAGGGAAAGUAUUACUAGUUUAAGAAAGAGAUUGAUGAAAGUCCACUCACAGUUUUGAGGCAGGAACUCGGUUAAAAGAAUUUAGAAAUCAUAGAAAAGGAAAGCUAAUUAAAGCAAGCAAAUGAAUAAAAAGAUGAAUUCAUGAGGAGAUAUGAAUAGGUGAAGAAGGAUAUGAUCAAUCUUAAAAAGACACUAGAUAAGGAAAAGUAGUAAACUCUGUAGAAACAGGGCGAGGAGCUCGAAAAUUUGAAAACAAUGAUGAGAAAUAAAUAAGCUCAGGAAGAUGAAAGAAGAGAAAUAACUCUACUCAGAAGUCAACUUAUGACUCUGCAAACUAGACUUUCAGAUCCUAAUAAUAAGGUACCUUAGCAACUAACUUAAGGUGUUCCUGAAACGAUUAAUGAUAGAGGCACUUACAAUCCAUUCUAUCAAAUGGGCACCUAAUUGAAGUCAUAACAAUAAACAGUUGGAUAGUAAUCUAAUAUCUUCCUAGACAACUAUGCUAGACAGUAAUAGUCUCCAAUGAAAGAUAUGCAUUCCAUGGGAAUGCUUGGUAGUGGAGCAGCUGGUGUACCCUCAAUAAAUGGUAUUUCAAUGCCCUCGGAAGUUGAAAGGCUAAUGCGAGAAAGAGAUGAUCUUCUUCGAAGUGGUUGCUACACCCCAAGUGAUCCUCUCAUAAUGGAACUAGAGAGAUAGAUUAGAGUCAAAUAGUUAGGAAUCCAAUGA